CCAUGGAUGCCAUAAACAAGAUUUAUUCGUCCGUUUCACAAACGGUCUCCACCCUGUCAGCAGUAUUCCUGGGAAAUCCGCUCACGAAAGAUUAUGAUAUCGCUGAGCAUAUUGGUUCUGCUGGCACAGAAUUCGUCUGGAAAAUCUACACCGGCAGCAAACGCUCCACGAAGGAGCCAGCCUCGAUAUUCGUGUUCGACAAGAAACAGCUAGAACCCUUCACCAAAGAUGAACGGGAGGAGAUCUGUGAAAAUAUUCGGCGUGGGGUGGUACAGCUGACGAAGAUACGUCAUCCGCAGGUGCUGACGGUGCAGCACGCGAUGGAAGAAAGUCGCGAUACGAUCGCAUUCGCCACCGAGCCCGUAGUGGCCAGCUUAGCCAAUCUGCUCGGCAACACAACGAACGUCUCCAACACGGGAUUGCUGUCCGAUUACAAACUGUCGGAGUUUGAUACAAAGUUUGGUAUCUUUGAGCUGGUAAAGGGCAUUCAGUUUUUGCACGACGAAGCACAGCUGGUACAUCGGCAUCUCUGCACGGAGAACAUCAUCGUAAACAGGCAGGGCGUGUGGAAGCUGUUUGGGUUUGGGUAUUGUUGGAGCAAACGUGCCCCGGGAACACCGGUAGCGAAUCACUACUUCAAAAGCCGUCUGCUGGGCAAUCCGGCCUCAAAAUGGACCGCUCCCGAGCUAAUAUUGGAAAACAGUUGCAACGAUUCUACCGAUAUUUAUUCCUUAGGUAUACUAAUUUAUACCAUAUAUUCGCGAGACAACAUUCCAUCACCGGACGCCUCGUCCGAUCUGUACGGAUACAAACAAUCCGUUACAAAGCUUAGCAAUCAGGGUCCACCGAAGCUUACCGCAAUUCCUGAAACGUUGCGCUCGGAGGUGAAGAAAAUGCUUAGCGUUAAUCCUCAGGCUCGACCGACACUGCAGUCGUUAAUACAGAUUUCGUACUUUUGUGACAACUAUGUGCAAUGUUUAGACAAUUUAGAAACACUAUUCCCUAAGGAUAAUUUAGAAAAGUCAGAAUUCUACAAACGACUCGCUCACAUCAUUGGCGAUUUUCCGCACCGUGUAAGACUGUACCGCAUCCUUCCGCUGCUAGUUAAAGAGUUCGUUAACUGUUCCAUGAUUCCGUUCGUGCUCACAAACAUUCUGACCAUCACGGCCAGCUGUACGCGGGCGGAAUAUAUGCAGCACAUCAGCUCACAUCUGCGGCCAGUAAUGCUGCUCGAUGAACCGGUUCAAAUUAUGCUUAUAUUCUUUCAAAAUCUCGAAGUACUGCUAAAGGUGUGCCCCUCGGAAGAGAUACGGGUCAGUGUGUUACCGCUGGUUUACAAAGCGCUCGAAUCGAAAGCCCAACAGAUACAGGAGCUUUGCCUUUCGAUCAUCCCGUCGGUGGUUGUGCAUUUGGACAAGAGCACGAUCAAGAGUGGUCUGGUGCCGCGUAUCAAAACGCUUUGCUCGGGUACAAACUUGGUGUCGGUACGGGUGAAAUGUUUGCUAUGCUUGGGUCAGCUAGCAACGAAAAUUGAUAAGUGGGUAAUGAUAGACGAUAUUGUGUCGUACCUGCCGUCCGUCAACUGCCGGGAGCCGGCAGUCAUUAUGGCGAUUGUUGGUGUCUACAAAGUAUCGUUCUCAACGGAUGGUCUAGGAAUACCUAAGGACGUGCUAGCUUGCAAGGUUCUUCCACAUCUCUUCCCGAUGACGAUCGUGAAUGGGCUUUCGUUGCAGCAGUUUAACGCGAUCAUUGCACUGAUCAAAGAGUUCACUCGCAAAAUAGAGGAAGAGCAGGGUGAUAAGCUGGGCAGCAAAACACCAAUGUCUUCGAGCGCCAGCAGCUCUAGCCUGCAGGACAAACAAUCAACACCACAGCAAUCCGAAUUAGGAUUUGGGAGUUCCGAUUUUUACGGCGAUUUUAUGCAAUCGCCCACGACAGCUACGAGUAAAGCAGCACCGCAACCGGUACAGCAACGGCCGAUAUCGUCUCCAAUGCAGCUGAAACCACUACAACCACAAACCACUUUAAACUGGAAUGUUCCACCGGUGGCAACGACGGCAAAGGAAAACAGCAUCAAGUACAAUCUUUUCACACAGCAGCAAAAUUCCUCCACCAUGCAGAAUCGUACUAAAGACACACCGCUGGCGCUACCACCACCGGCAAUUGCGAUGCCAAUGAUGUCCCCGGCACCGAUGUCAUCAAACAUGUGGACGAACAGCAAUGGCUCCUCAUCGUUGCCCACGAAGAAGCUCGAACUUACUUCCACAACAAACAACAAUCCGUACGGACAGCUACAACCACUAAUCCCUACUCCAUCCCAGGCAGGUAAAAUGUCCGCCAAAUCAAGCACCAGUCCGAUGCUUUCGAAGGAGGAUAUUAUGGAGUUUUUACAAAAAUAA